GGCGGAGCAGCCGAGAGGAACGAGGGCAGCCGAGCAGCCGGAGGUGCGGAGAAGCGGUCAGUACCCGCAGGUCUCGGUGCGCUGUGGGGCCGGAGCCUGGCGGAGAAAGAAGAAAUUAUGUAAAGCCUUCAUACUCCGGACGUGAAGGUUGAACGAAAGGGCCAGUGAGGAAGACCAUGGCCUGGCCCGAUGUAUUUCGCAGGGGAGCUGUGUUCUCGAAGUUCAGCCACCAUCACAUUGCUGUGUUCCUGCUUACCUUCUUCAGUUACUCAUUGCUCCAUGCAUCAAGAAAGACAUUUAGCAACGUCAAAGUCAGUAUCUCUAAGCAGUGGACCCCAAAUGCCUUUAACACAUCGCUCGAGCUGCCCGUGGAGGUGUGGAGCAGCAACCACUUGUUUCCCAGUGCUGAGGAGGCCACUCUGUUCCUUGGAACGCUGGAUACAAUUUUCCUGUUCUCCUAUGCUGUGGGCCUUUUCAUCAGUGGCAUCGUUGGGGAUCGGCUGAACUUGCGAUGGGUUCUGUCUUUUGGCAUGUGCUCCUCCGCGUUAGUGGUGUUUGUCUUUGGUGCACUCACGGAAUGGCUGCAUCUCUACAACAGAUGGCUCUACUGCUGCCUGUGGAUCGUGAACGGCCUGCUGCAGAGCACGGGGUGGCCCUGUGUGGUUGCUGUCAUGGGCAACUGGUUUGGGAAAGCUGGACGAGGGGUUGUUUUUGGUCUCUGGAGUGCAUGUGCAUCAGUGGGCAAUAUUUUGGGAGCAUUCCUCGCUUCUUCUGUGCUGCAGUAUGGCUAUGAGUAUGCCUUUCUGGUGACAGCGUCUGUGCAGUUUGCUGGUGGAGUCGUCAUCUUCUUUGGGCUCUUGGUGUCACCGGCAGAAAUCGGUCUCCCAGAUGUUGAGGCCGAAAAGAAUCUUGAAGAAGACUCACAUAGGCCGUUAAUGAAUGGUGCUGAAAAUGAAGAUGAAUACGAUCCCAACUAUUCCAUCCAAGAAGGCCCCGCUGCUCCCCAAGUGAAGGCGAUCAGCUUUUGUCAGGCUUGUUGUCUUCCUGGAGUCAUACCGUACUCUCUGGCCUAUGCCUGCCUCAAGUUGGUGAAUUACUCCUUCUUCUUCUGGUUGCCCUUUUAUCUGAGUAACAACUUCGGCUGGAAGGAGGCUGAGGCUGACAAGCUGUCCAUCUGGUACGACGUCGGAGGGAUCGUAGGUGGCACUCUGCAAGGAUUUGUCUCUGAUGUGCUCGAGAAGAGAGCUCCCGUUUUAGCUCUGAGUCUGCUUCUGGCCAUCGGGUCCCUCGUUGGGUAUAGCCGUUCCCCGAACAAUAAGUCCAUUAAUGCACUGCUCAUGACUGUCACAGGAUUUUUCAUUGGUGGACCUUCCAAUAUGAUUAGCUCUGCUAUUUCUGCGGACCUGGGUCGCCAGGAGCUGAUCCAGGGGAGCAGUGAGGCUUUAGCGACCGUCACGGGCAUCGUCGAUGGCACGGGGAGCAUCGGAGCUGCGGUGGGCCAGUAUCUGGUGUCUUUGAUCCAAGACAACCUAGGGUGGAUGUGGGUUUUCUACUUUUUCAUCCUUAUGACAAGUUGUACCAUUGUGUUCAUCUCGCCAUUAAUAGUGAGGGAAAUACGCUCUCUUGUGCGGAGGAGACAAGCUCACAUAUUGAGCGAGUGACUGGUGCCCACCAGAGAAAAAAGGACAAUGGGAGACGUGUCAGUGCUGCAGCGUCUUUUAAUUGGCCCUAUUUGGGGUUGUCUAGGAGCUCCACAAUACCCUCGGCCUGCCAGGCCUCCGCCCGCCCUGCCGGCCAUCUGGGAUGCUGCCCGGGAGGGCCGUCACUCCACAGCCAUGACUGUGGACGACUCUCAUCGUUUCAUGAAUGUACCCGGCGGCCUAGGAGCCUGCCAGUGUCUCAGAGUGAACUCU